GACAACAACGACAACGCGGUGGCCGACAGCCCCCAGGUCCAAAUAAGGAUUCGUUACGUACCAGGGCCGUCAAUUGUGUUCCGGUUCCCGUGGGUCUUCGACGGAGGGAUGGAUCUGAAGGAGUUUCGAGGGAUAGGACUGGGAUGAGUUAAGAAUGAAUAGACGAGGAUGGAAACUCGAUGAACAUAGCGUAAGUUUGGAAGAGCGAAUUUAAGUGAGUCUCGAUCGCUUAAGAAUCCUCGAAAGGUCCAAGCUCGAAGAAGGGGUGAACUCUGAAGGAUCAAUCCUUCAAGUAUUGAAGAAUUAAACUUCGGAAUUUUUCGAAGUUACUUAGUUUCGAGAGAGCACACUUUGAAGAAUUCAUUAUCGAAGAAAUUCAGCCGCAUAAUUCAAACUUGAGAACAUCAAAAGACCAACUGAUUGAAAUGGUGAACGGCGAAUCCUGAAUGCGACGUCCACGACUCACUCUAUGUUCUCCAAGCAAGAUUGCGUUCAUGUGACCCCGCAGUUUGCUAUAAUUGGCAGGUGGACGGGGCGACCGACUAGCUCACGUCAUCGUAAAGAUCCCCACUACCUUUUUACCUCACCGGCAAAGCCGGUGCUCGUGCUGAUUCGCAUUGCAGAGUUUCAACCCCGAAAGGGCGCAUCCUUUGUCGUCGACGUAUCUGUCGCUCGGCCUCGGCGUUUCGGUUGCAACAAUCACAAGAACAGCUUCGACAUGAGUGCAGACAAGCGUCCAGACGUGCAUACCAAGGAGGAUACUGAAGGUAUCAAAUGGAAUGACUUUGGGAGGCAAAGCAGAUUUGGAUAUCAUUCUGUUGCCAAAAUAUCAACAAACCAUUUCCUGAGGGACAAGUUUGGAUGAACAUAUGGACGAAAUAAGAUUAAACUCGACGCCCUUAUUCUAUGACCGACUUGGUACUACACCACAGAAAACCAGCGAUUUAAAUGUGUGGUAAUUUCAAUUAAAAUAUAUAACACAAAAUUUCUUUUUAUGCAUGCUUUUUGAAUGAUUGCGGAGAAAUUAUGUGUAAGUUCGAACGUUUUAUAAAAUGCUUUUCACGCACAAGCAUAACUUAAUCUGUUGUUUAUCUCAUUAAACAUCAACGCGAAACAAACUUUUGAUACUCAAUUUUAAUGAGUAGAUUUUUGUAGGAAAUUUCUUUUAUUAGAUAAUUAGUUUCCGAUUGUUCUCUGCCCAUAUCUUUCUUUUACCCGCAUUUAAAAACAUUCCAUAUGAUAGUUCAAAAUACAAUUUACAUGACAUCAAUGUAAAAUAAGCGUGCACUUCCAUAUUUGUCAUAGCUUUUAUAUCAAUAGAAAAUUUUAAUAUCAUGCCAUUUAGGAUAAAUUUUAUACACACGAUUUUUUAAUACUCAAUUAUUAUUUAUUUGGAUGUAAAAUUUAUAUAAUCUGUUGCCAUCAAACCGAUUAAUAUAUUAAUUAUCAAUUGAGACGCGAAGUAUACAAUUCUUUAAGUAUUGAUCAGUAUAAACUAUUGAUCCAAUCAAAUAUUACGACUUGGUACACGUCCAAAUAUAAGGGUAUCAAAGAAUGAAGUAUUACGAAUUAAAACCGCUGUAAGAAUAUAAGAUUGAUUUAUUCCAUAGACGUAAACUUAUAUAUACAAAAGAUGACGUAUAUACUCGUAUGAUGGUCGUAAAAGACUCGCCGCCACGGACCAAUAGUAACGAUAGUAAUAUUCGACUAACGGAGACCCAACUAGACGAAGCGAUGCGGCAGUGAACGGUACAUCUUAGGGAAAGGUGUAGCAAUAAUAACAAUAAUAAUAAUGAAUAGCAUCGAGCGUAACUGCUUAGAAGCACUUGCGGUGGACGAUGCCGGGGCCGGACUCGUCGUACUCCUGCUUGGAGAUCCACAUCUGU